AUGCAAGGAGUGAUUUGUCCGCAGGACUCACCCGAUGUGUGGUCAGUCAUAGAAUGUGGACAACUGGAGGUGGAGGGUAGCACGGAUCUCGAUUUACUUUUACCAAAUGGUUUCUUGGUCACUGUACGAUGUUCUAUGGAUUUCACCCUUGCUAUGCUUAAACAAGAAUUAUUCAUACAAGCGAAAAAAUUACCGCUGUUCAAUCUUUUGUUGACACCGUCGGAUUAUAUAUUUUUUACGAUUAGAACAGAUGGUGAACGUGAAGAACUAUACGAUGAAUCGCGUUCCAUAUUUUCAUUACGGCUUUUCGUGCCACUACUUUGCUUGAUUGAGCCUGAGGGCAAUCGUGAGGAAAAAGAACUCACACAUGAUAUCGGUCUAGCUAUUGGACGUCCGUUGGCAGAAAUUGAAGCGAAAUUAUCCUCCGAAGAAAUGUCAUAUCGUAUGGAUUUGUACAGAGUGUCAGAACAAGCAGUUUCUAAUCGCGGAGUUGUCGGCUAUUCUCAUUAUGCAUUCCCUGAAGAGGUUUCAAGUGAGUUAGAUGCUGAUAUCCCACUACAAGUCAAGUCAAAAAUCCAAAUGGCAGAUUUAUACAUUGAGUUAUGGUAUCGCAGUAGAGAGGAUGAGCUGGCAAAUAUCGAUACGAAUUGUGUUUGUGUUAAAAUUCGUAAAGUUAUUGGUGUUCAUGCUUCAGAUGCAGUAGCAAAUGCAAUAAAGGAGCUUAUGCAACAACAUAAAUUAUUUAUCAAGGAAGCUGCUUCUGAUUUCUUGUUGCAAAUAGCAGGACGGCGCUGUUUUUUAACCAAGGAUAUCAAGUUAACCAGCUUCGAGUAUGUCAGAUCAUCCUUCGAGAACUAUCGCAUACCGAAAUUCAUAUUGCGGAGAAAAGACAUUGUGAUGAAAGAUUUUACGGAACCUCCAUCCAUAACCAAACCAAGUUGGGUACGAGCGUAUGAGAGUCGACUCGAUCGAGCUGAUGAAAUUGCCAUGAAAGAAUGUUCUCUAUGGAAAGUGGAUGAUAAUCUAAAAUUGCGAAUACACAGCGCAUCUCAUUUAAGUAUAUUAGAUUUUGAUAAGAUAUAUGUGAAAGCAUCCCUAUAUCAUGGGAUAGAUCUUAUUGCGAAUAAAGAAUCAACUUGUGUUUCUCCUUCAAAUCCGCGUUGGAGUGAUGGCUGGAUCGAUUUCGAUAUAUGUUUGAGAGAUUUGGCUCUCUCUGUACAGCUGUGCCUUUCUCUAGUUGCUGUAAAACAAAAAAAGAAGGAGGAAUAUAGUGGAAUUGGUUGGGUGAAUAUACGUCUUUUCGAUUGCAAUGGGAAACUCGUUCAGGGCAAAUUCAUGCUUUAUUUGUGGCCUUUUCCGAAAUACUGCACCGAAUUACUUUAUCCAUCCGGACAAGUAGGGUCAAAUGACAAUCGCGAUACAGUUCGUAUUGAAGUGGAGUUUGAAGAUUAUGGAUGCAUCGAAUUUCCAGGUGUAGAUUCAGUGUGCGAAUAUGUCGAAAAGCUGGAUGUUCGCAGUACAAGAUUGCCUUUAUCAUCUUUAUCUUCACCAGCUAAUUCAGUGAAGGAAUUUCUUGAAUCUUUACGAUUUGUGGACGUUGAAGAUUUAACCGACAAGCAAAUGGAACAGUUAUGGGAAGCAAGAGAGUUAGUUGCACAAUAUAAGCCUGAUUUAUUACCAUUAAUUGCACGCUGUCCCUUGAUUUGGACGAGAAGAAGCGAAUUUUCACGAUUAUACGAAUUAUUAAAUCGAUGGGGUAAAAUUCAACCAGAGACAGCUUUGGUACUUCUGGAUUUCAAAUAUCCUGAUAGAAGAAUCCGAGAAUUUGCAGUAGAUUCACUUGAUAAUGUUUUGGACAAUGACAGAUUGCAUCUUUAUAUUUUGCCUCUCAUUCAGGUAUUGAAAUUUGAGCCUUAUGGGUCGUGUGCUUUGAGCAGAAUGCUUCUGAAAAGAGCGCUGUGUAAUAAUCGUAUUGGUCAUAUAUUGUUUUGGUUACUGCGAGCUGAACUUGGACAACUAAGUGAAGUAGGUCAGAAUUUAACAAAGAUUUACAAACGUUUUGCAUUAAUGAUUGAGGCCUAUUGUCGAGCUAACUAUAUUCAUCUUAAUUCUAUGUUACGACAAGUCGAUAUGGUAGUCAGAUUGACAAAUCUUAGUAAAAUUAUCAAAACCAUGAAGGAUAAUGAAUGCGCCACCAAGCAUUUGCAAAAAGAAUUGGCGUCAUAUGUGGAAAUAAUGCAGAAUAUGAUCUCACCUCUAGAUAUUUCCGAUAGUUUAGGCGAAUUAAACAUUGAACUUUGCAAGGUGAUAGGAAGUGCGAAACAACCACUUCGGUUAGCUUGGACUAAUCCAGAACCUCUUGCUCGAUUGCAUAGUGAGACGCAUCAAAUUAUCUUCAAGAAUGGUGACGAUCUGCGGCAGGAUAUGCUAACUUUACAAGUUAUGCGUAUUAUGGAUGCACUGUGGAAAAGCAAAGAUUAUGAUCUCUGCUUAAGCAUUUAUGAAGUAUUGCCAAUGGGAAGAAAUGUUGGAAUGAUUUAUGUUGUUCAGAACUGCAGUACACUUUUCGAAAUUCAGUGUGCUGCAAAACAACUCGGCUCAACGUUCAGUAUGGAAAGCGGUCUUAUUAAUAAAUAUAUACGAAAUUGUUCGGAGAAUUCAAAAGUAUAUUUGGAAGGAGUUGAUCGUUUUACUGCUUCAUGUGCCGGAUAUUGUGUUGCAACAUAUGUGUUGGGAAUCAAGGAUAGACACCAGGAUAAUAUCAUGCUAGCCAAAGAUGGAAGGAUGUUCCAUAUCGAUUUUGGACAUUUUUUGGGGCAUUAUAAAAAGAAAUUAGGUAUUAAUCGUGACCGAGUACCGUUUGUUCUGACCGAUCACUUUCUGUGUGUUAUAGCCAAAGGCAAAAGCAAUUUCCGUGACAGCCAUGAAUAUAAAAAGUUCAAGAAGCUAUGUACGGAUGCAUAUAUUAUAUUGCAUCAACGGUCCAAGUUAUUCAUUUCCCUCUUUUCGAUACUACUAUGUAUGGGACUUCCUGAGUUGCAAAAGGCGGAAGAUAUUGAUUUCUUGAAAGGAACAUUAUGCUCUGAUAUGGAUUCUAAUCAUGCAGCUACAUCAUUUUACAAAAUUUUUGAAGAAGCCUUUAGCGGCGCAUGGUCAACUAAAACCAACUGGUUCUUCCAUUCUGUAAAACAUUUAUAAAUAGUUUUUUGAAGAAAAAAAAAUCGACCCAACUCAAACGAUGUAGAUAGCCGUAUGACGAAUGAUAAAUACUUGAAGCCUUUCAGAUCCACUUCUCGUCUCAGUAAGGAAGUCUGCUUUUUAUGUCAUAGUUAUUUCUGGAUACUCACAGCGAUAGAAAGGGGACUUAUCUAAGGAA